AUGGUUUAUCAAAAGAAACCCACGUUUAUUUUUCUUUGUGAAACAUUAAGCUUGAAACCUCAGUUGGAGUUACUUUCUUCUCAACUUGGGUAUGAAGGUAUGUUCUCGGUGGAUGCGCAAGGUAGGGGAAGAGGUUUAGCUAUGUUGUGGAAAGAACAAACUGACGUUGAGGUUAGAGGUUUUUCUCAGAACCACAUUGAUUUGAUUGUUCAUCGUAAUAAUUUAUUUGAUUGGAGGCUCACGGGUGUUAAUGGUGAACCGAACUGGGCUCUUAGAAGAAACACAUGGAACCUUAUGAGAAUUUUGAAAGAAGAAUCGGCUCUUCCAUGGUGUAUUAUUGGUGAUUUGAAUAAUGUGUUGAGUCAAGUGGAUAAACGAGGUGGAAAUCCCUAUCCAAAUUGGCUUCUUGAAGGUUUUCAACAAGCGGUUGCUGAUUGUGAUUUAGUGAAUUUAGAGUUGGUUGGUCAUCAGUUCACUUGGGAGAAGGGUAGGGAUUCGGAAAAUUUAAUUGAGGUUCGGUUGGAUAGAGCUCUUGCCAACUCGGACUGGGAGCAAUGGGGAGGCUGCGUUUCUAAUAACAUUGUUGACAAGAUUGUGGUUGUUCAGGAACCUCUUAAAUCUUGGGGAAAUGAUUUGACGGGUAACUUUAAGGAGAGGAUUCAAAGCUGCAAAAGAAGAAUUGGUGCUCUCAAGAAUUUUUCUGAUAGUGCCUCAUUUUGGUUAAAAGAAGGGGACAGAAACACGAAGUACUUUCACGCUGCUGCUAGUUCUCGUCGAAAAAACAAUUUCAUUCAUCAGCUGAAGAAUGAGGCGGGCGAUUGGGUCAAAUGGGAGACUGGUUUACCUCAGGUAAUGGUUAAUUAUUUUACUGAUAUUUUUCAUUCCUUGGGGACACAUGGUAAUGAUAUCCUGGAUAAGAUUCAGCCUUUGAUAAGGGAUGAUGAUAAUGUUACUUUGCUUCAACCGGUUUUGGAAGAAGAAGUUCAUUCGGCGGUGUUUCCAAUGCAUCCAGAUAAGUCUCCAGGUCCUGAUGGGAUGACACCUGCCUUCUAUCAGAAGUGCUGGCAUAUUGUUGGUCAAGAUGUCGUUCGCCUUCUUCAGAAUUUUUUUCGGAAUAAGGUGAUGCCUAAAGAUCUUAAUGCUACUAAUCUUGUGCUUAUUCAAAAGAAGAAAAUGCCUGUUAUUUCAGAGUUUCAAAGUGCGUUUAUUCCUGGUCGCCUCAUUACGGAUAAUGUUCUUGUAUCUUUUGAAAUCCUCCACUAUUUGAGACGUAAACAACAAGGAAAGCAAGGUUGUAUGGCCCUUAAGUUGGAUAUGAGCAAGGCUUAUGAUAGAAUGGAGUGGUCUUUCUUGCAUGCAAUCUUACUUCGCAUGGGUUUCUCGGUUGACUGGGUUAUGAUGAUAAUGGAAUGUCUCUCAGCUCUUAUUCAGCUUUAUGAAGAAAAGAAAUGGAUCCAUGGUUGUCGUGUGGCUCGUAGAGCCCCUUAUGUCACUCAUAUGUUUUUUGCUGAUGAUAGCUUCAUGUAUUGCUCGGCCACUAUGGAGGAGGCUCAAUGUGUUCUGGAAUUGCUGAAGAGGUUUGAGGAGGCUUCGGGUCAGAAGGUAAAUCUAAAUAAGUCUUCUGUAUUUUUUAGCUCCAACACGAUUGAUAGUGUUCGCUUCGGUAUUUUGUCAACCCUUCAUAUGCAUGCUGCUGAUGAGAAUAGUUUUUAUUUGGGUUUGCCGAGUGUGGUUGGUAGAAACAAGAAUGUGGCUUUUGGCUUCUUAAAGGAGAAGAUUAGGAAGCGUAUUCAAAACUGGGAUAGUAAGCUUUUAUCGAGAGCUGGUAAAGAGACAUUGAUUGCCUCAUGGGAAGAUUCUGGUGGCAUUCUAAGACCUCUUAAGGUGGAGGAAUCCAUUGGAAAAGCUGGGAUAAGUUGUGGAGCUAAUCCGAGUUAUGCGUGGAGGAGUAUAAUUGAAGCUCAAGAUGUGGUUAAAUUGGGGGCUAGAUGGUGUGUGGGUUCUGGUUCUUCGAUCUCUGUUCUUAACCAGCCGUGGCUCCCUUCUAUGGACAAUCCCUAUGUGAUUUCUUCUCAUGAGGCUCUUCAGGAUUGUCAUGUCUCUAAUCUUCUUCAGACUAAUCAAAUGUGUUGGGAUGUGGAGCUUUCAGACGAUUUAUUUGAGCCCGGAGAUGUGGAUCUCAUUUGUAAAAUUCCGCUGCCUACGUUGCCAAAACUGGAUACAUGGUAUUGGUCUUUUGAAACUUUUGGUGGAUAUCCAGUAAGGAGUGCCUAUCGUGCUUUACAAAGAAAGUUUUGGUAUUUGAAACUUCCUCCAAAAGUUAAGAAUUUGCUUUGGAGGGCUCUCACCAAUUGUCUUCCAACUCUAGUCUCUCUUCAGACUAAGCGGGUUCAUGUUUACAGCAUUUGUUCUUUGUGUAAUGUUGCACCCGAAACCACCUUUCAUAUCAUGGCUGAUUGUUCUUUUACAAAAGCUUGUUUGGAGCGUGGUUUGGGUCUGCAUAUUAAUAAUGGGGAUGAGGAUUUUGGUGGCUGGUUUGAGGAUUUCUGUAACACUCAUCUGGCUGAGAAGAUUGAUAAGUUGGCAAUGAUUCUUUGGAGUGUUUGGGGCCGUAAUGAUUUACUUUGGAAUAAUAAGGCUACUUCUGUGGAAAAAGUUAUUUCAUCUGCAAUUACGUACCUUGAACUUUGGAAGUUUGCUCAAAAUAAAAAUGGAGGAGUUUCAUCUUCUUCUAGUCAGCCUCGUGCUGGUGUUGAGCAUUGGAUUAAACCAUCUUUGGGAGAGUUGAAGCUUCGAGGUGAAAUUGACCUUGUUGUUGCUGAGGCGUUGUCAAUGAAGGAGGCUUUGAGUUGGGUUAAAUCAUGCUGGGAAGAAGGAAGUGCUUCUGAAGAUUUUCGUCCUACAGCGGUGAUUAUGGAGUCGGACUGUCUCUUGUUGUUCAGUUUGUUAAACGAUCUGGGAACCAAGCGGCUAACUGAAGGAACUUCUAUUGUUCGCCCACCACUCCUCAAUGAUUCCAACUAUCCUUACUGGAAGGUUAGAAUGAGAGCCUUUAUCAAGUCUCAAAAUGAGAAAGCAUGGAGGAUGGUUCUUUCAGGAUGGUCUCCUCCUGUUGUGGUAGAUUCCGAAGAUGAUAAAUUGUUUGCUUAUAAUAGCAAAGAUUUACAUGCCAUAUUUAAUGGAGUAGGUGAAGGUUAUAUUAAGCUUAUAUCUUCUUGUGAAUCUGCUAAGGAUGCUUAG